AUGCCUAGCUACCAAAGGUUGAACGCCACAACCAAUGAUAAUAAUACUCAUCCGAACACUGUUUUCGAAAAUCCGUUUGAAAACCGAGAACUCGAUGACCUUGAUCCGAACUUUUCCCAUAGACAAGAAUCUUCACAUCUACUAGAGUCAUUUGAUGGGGAUCAUGAAAGUUCUCAAAGGGGCGAUGUCCAGGAUCGUCAUUUCCAAGGUUCAGAAAACCACGGUUUCGAUGAUCGACUCAAUCACCAGAAUCAUAAUGAGGAUGAUAAUGGGGCAGUAAUUGAUGAAUCUCUUUUUGCAGAAGGUAUGAAUGAGGCCUCAACUUCCUGGACAGCAGGAAUGACCAAUACCGCAAUGCAAAAUAAUGGCAGUAGAAACGGGCAUCUUACCAUCCCUCAACGGAUUUGUAGAACCGUUGAUAGAGUGACCUCCCAUACCCCUGGUCGGAGAUUCCUUCAUCGUUUUUUCCCACAAUACGUCUCGUUGGCCACAAAUUCUCAAUCUUAUCAUGGACAAGUCAUGGGGAAUGGAUUGCAAAAUGACGGGGUCUUCAGUAAUAUGAUGGCAAAGCCAACGGUGACCCAAGAAACCACCGAUGAUAACCCUCCAAGUUAUGAAGAAGCGGCGGCGGAUGCCACCCCAUUAUACUGGGAAUCAACGGUAUUUUCUGAGUAUGGUGAUGGGGUUUUCGUAGAUGGAUUGCCAGUAGGCAACAUUGUUAAUUUCGUUUGGAAUUUGAUGGUUAGCUCCGCUUUUCAAUUUGUCGGAUUCCUUUUAACUUACUUACUCCAUACAUCUCACGCUGCAAAAGAGGGUUCCAGAGCAGGAUUGGGGAUCACAUUUAUGUCUUAUGGGUACUACAUGGUUCCUGAUGGACAUUGGUUAAGUUCGUCAAUUAGUUCGUGGCGAGGUGGCGCCCACGAUAUCGAUACAAAGUUCGAACCUGUUGAUCCAAACAACUUUGAUGUGGAUUCUAAUCAUGUGUUAGAAGGUUCCGUUGAUGAUUUCCACUCAUCGAUUGACGGACAAGAUACCUCUAAUACCGCUUCUACUGAUUAUACUACGUCAUAUUUCGAUGAGAACAGCACCCCAAUAUUUGCUUAUGGGUUGGUUGCUGUGGGUGUUUUCAUUUUCAUCAAGAGUCUUUUGGAUUACCACAGAGCCAAGCAGAUGGAGAAAGUGAUUCUUCAAAGUCCAUCGACCACUUAUGAAACUCCGGCUGCAGAAACCGAAGCUGAAGAAGUUUAG